AUAAAUUAUAUCUUCUCUCUAUACUUAACAAAAUUAGUGAUGCGUAUGAGUUGCAAUGGUUGUAGAGUUCUUCGUAAAGGUUGCAGCGAAAGUUGUAGCAUUAGGCCUUGUCUUCAAUGGAUCAAAACCCCGGAUUCUCAGUCCAACGCCACUGUUUUUCUGGCAAAGUUUUACGGCCGUGCUGGUCUGAUGAAUCUCAUUAACGCUGGCCCUGAUCAUCUUCGUCCUGCGAUAUUUAGGUCAUUGCUUUAUGAGGCUUGUGGAAGAAUAGUGAACCCGAUUUAUGGAUCGGUAGGGUUGUUAUGGUCAGGGAAUUGGCAGCUUUGUCAAAAUGCUGUGGAGGCGGUACUCAAAGGAACUCCAAUUACUCCCAUAGCUUCUGAAAUUGCUGUAAACAACAACGGUCCUCCUUUGAAAUUGCCUUACGAUAUUAGGCAUAUUAACAAAGAUGAAAACUCUACCAAGUCCAGCGAGCUGCAUCGGGUCAGGACCCGAUGUCGAUUCAAGCGCUCAGGUGCUAACACAAAAGCAAAAAACUCGAAUCCGGUAUGUUCCGGGUCGGGUGAUGAAUUGGCCCAUGAGAAAAUGAACGGGUCUACGAGCCAUGAGUCUUCGUUGAGUCACCAGUCUGAAGAAGAAGCUGCGGCGGCGGCGGCUGUGGCUAUGAAUGUGGAAUGCGAUAGCUCGGGUAUGGCUGAAGUGGAAGAUUCAGCUAAAGAUGUCGAAUUGGAACUGACUUUAGGUUUUUCGUCUUUAGGAACUGUUGACAGUAAACCGAAGGAAACUAAACGGAAUAAAGAUGUUCAGUUGGUGAACGGCGCCGGCGAAUGUAAAAUAGAGCUUCGACUUCAUUGAUUAGUUUAGUACUAGUAGUUAAUUUUAUGUUGGUUUACUUUUUUGCCCUCUAAAUCAGUACAAAUAUAAAGUUAUAUAGUAGCAGAAGAAAAUUUUUCUUUCAAAUAUUAUACUUAAUUGUUAGAGUAAGCUUGUUAAUAAAUUAUGGAAUUUUGCACAA